UUCUCAGGUUUCUGUCCAUCUGUGAAGCUUCCAUCAACACGGCAGCUCCUCACAGCCUGGAGGCUGGCCUGGUUGGAGGCCGGCCAAUCCCAUCAUGCACCUGAGCGCUCAGCCACCGCCACAUGGCUAAUCUGGCUGAUUAAUGAGGGAGGGGUUCCUGAUGGGAUUAGAUCAGCUCUGGACAUCUGCUGGUCCACUUCAGCUCAUUACUCCAAGCUGCUUCCUCUCUCUGCUUCACGGCGCCACGGUAACCUCACCUUCCCAGCUCUCCACAUUCAGGAGGCCGAGGAAGAAAUGAGGCUCUUGGAUCAUCUGGUCCAGUUUAAAGAGCCAACUGGGAGCAGUGGGAGCAUCUCUGAGCGAAGAGGAAACUGUUCGAGACGUCAUGAAGAUCUCAGAUCUGCCGCCAAGAUGGACGAAGAGGCCAGAGGAGGAAACAGAGCAGAGACCCAACUGUGAUCAGGAAGACAGAACCGGACCGGACCGGACCGCAGUCCUCUCUGUAUGAGAUGAUUAAAUCUGUUCUGCAACCACAGCUCCGCAGCUCAUUGCUACCCUCCGCAUUACCAUGACUGACAACCACACCACACUGAAAAAUGGCGACUGUGAGUCAGCGAGACAAGCCAGCGACAUCACCUUCAGCGCAUCUAUCAGCCCCGCCCACGGCCUCCGAAGGAAACGCCUGCUGUGGCAGACCGCGGUCAGGAACAUCAUCGAUCAGCACAACCUUUACUCUCUGAGGCUCGCCGGAGGACUGGAGAGAGGACGCCACCGCAUCACCGUCACAGAUGCCUACAUUGCCGACAUCAACAGGCAGAUACGAAAUAAAACGUCUCGUGGGAACUUUUGGCAGAAGCGUCGUUCCUCUGCAGCUCGAGUUCAUCCAACGGUGCCAAGGAUUUCUGUUCAGACACAAGUCGGCCAGCGUUUGCUGACUGAUGCUGACUUCUUUGUGUCGUAUGGAUCAACAGUCCGAGGCAUCUUCAUUCCUACGAUGGAGCUAACAUUCAAGUCUGCUGACCUGGAGCUGACCUACCAGCAGUUUUCCUCAGCUCAGAAAAAAACCUCCCUAUUGGUCACCAACCUCAUCGACGUCUUCAUCCGACUGUUCAUUUCUCUGGUGACAUGGCCAACAGGCUGGGGGGGCGUGGCCUGUGAGUGGCUGACCGGCCUGGCGGUCAUUCUCUGGGCGGGGAUCUGUGGGUUGUCUGUGACUAAGCAGGAGGUGAUGGCGUCACCACAGUGGCUCAGGUACCUGUCGGUGGUCACCUGGCUGUCCCAGACUGUCCAGGUGUUGGUGGGUGUUUUCACCUGGGCUGAAACAGAUCACUCCUGGUACGUGUUCUUCACCCUAUUCUCCACCUACACCCUGCUGCCUCUGCCCCUCCCCUGGUCAAUUACAACAGGGGCGAUAACCUCCAUCCUCCACCUGGCGGUGGAUGUCUGGUGGAACAACAGUAACCAAGUUCUGAUCAGAAGGGUGAUCUCCAAGGCCUUGUUGUACCUUGCAAUGAACACAGCAGGUAUCUUCAUCAACUACCUGUCUGACCGAACUCAGCGACAGAGUUUUCUGGAGACCCGUAGGUGUAUUGAAGGACGGGUCCGACUGGAGAGAGAGAACCAAAGACAGGAGCGUUUGGUGAUGUCCAUCUUACCGCGCUUCCUGGUUCUGGAGAUGAUUGCAGACAUGGCCGCGGUGGACGAAUAUCUGCUGCCUCAACAGUUUCACAAAAUUUACAUCCACCACUACAAGGAUGUCAGCAUCCUGUUUGCAGACAUCAUCGGCUUCACGUCUCUCUCUCUGAUUCUUUCGGCUCAGGAACUUGUUAAAACCCUCAAUGAACUUUUCGGACGCUUCGACCGGCUGGCUGAGGAGCAUCAGUGUUUGAGGAUAAAGAUCCUUGGUGACUGUUACUACUGCGUCUCCGGAGUCCCAGAGCCCCAGCGAGGACACGCCCGCUGCUGCGUGGAGAUGGGCCUCAGCAUGAUCAGCACCAUACGGUAUGUUCGCCGAGAGCUGCAGCAGGAAGUAGACAUGAGGAUUGGCGUCCACUCGGGUUCGGUCCUCUGUGGUGUGUUGGGGCUCCAGAAGUGGCAGUUUGACAUCUGGAGCUGGGAUGUUGACAUCGCCAACAGUCUGGAAGCUGCAGGAGUGCCAGGGCAGGUCCACAUCUCUCAGGCCACUCUGGACUGUCUUGGCGGGACCUUUGAGACGGAGCAGGGCAACGGCCAGGACCGCAGCGAGUUUCUACGGAAACACAACAUCGAGACAUAUUUGAUCCGCCCGGCGACACGAGAUGAAGCCCAGCCCCCAAGAGCAAGGCGCCCAAGUUACGACGAACUGACCACUUGGAGCGCUGAGCUGCCGUUCGGAGACAUCCUGGGGAUGAAUUUUAUCCUGGCUACUUUCACCAACGGUUCCCUGACCCAGUUGCCGAAUCACAUCGCAGCGCAGCGAUCCGGCUCACGGGAAGUGAACAAGAGGAUUCGUCAGGCAAUGGAAGCUCGGAGCAGCGAGCGAAUGAGGAAAGAGCACAUCACCACUUUCACUCAGGUGUUCAAGGAUUCCCAGAUGGAGGGAAAGUAUUCCCAGAUGAGGGAUGAACUCUUCAAGACUAACAUGGUUUGCUCCUUCGUCCUGCUCGUACUGCUGAUGGCCGUCCAGGUGUUGGUUCCUGCCCCGCGGUUGCGUCCAAUGGUGGCACAGUUCCUUGUCAGUGUCUGCGUUUACCUCCUCCUCCUGCUGCUGACUCUGGGGGAGGAGUUUAAACACUGCCCCGCCCACCUGCAGUCCCUCUGCUGCUGGGUUCAUGAAACCAAGUACGCGCGAACGGUGCUCAUGCUAACUGCCAUCGCCGUCAACUCCGUGAUUGCCUCUGUGAACAUCCUGUGGUGCGACUGGUCGGAAUCUGUCUUUCCUGAGGCCACAGUGACUCCGCCCCCCUCCAGGUGGUCAGACAUAAACAUCUGUACUCAUCCAGAGUUCAUGGUGCUGAGUGCGGUGGUUGCCAUGGUUACGUGCGCGGUGUUCCUCAGGCUGAACUGCAUGCUGCAGUUGGCCUUCCUGCUGCUGACCGCCGGCCUCUACGCCUACGUCAUGGAGACGCACAGCUCCCAGCAGCAGUGCCAGAGGGGCGUCUGCCUGGUUCUCAUGAUGAUGUUCGUCCUGGCGGUGCUCUACAACAGCAGACAGCUGGAGGCGAUGGCACGGCUGGACUUCCUGUGGCGCCUGCAGGCGGGGAAGGAGGUGGAGGACAUGAAGGAGCAGCGGGAGCAUAACGAGUGUCUGCUGCUCAACAUCCUGCCGGCUCACGUGGCUCAGCAUUUCCUGGAGAGAGACGCCAACAGCGAGGAGCUCUACUCCGAGUCCUACCAGCGAGUCGGCGUCCUGUUUGCCUCCCUGCCCGGAUUCUCUGACUUCUACGAGCAGAAAGAGCUGGUCCAUCAGCAGGUGGAGUGUCUCCGCCUCCUCAACCACAUCAUCAGUGACUUUGACGAGCUGCUGGAUGAGUGUUUCUUCCAGGAGGUGGAGAAGAUUAAGACCAUCGGCAGCUCCUACAUGGCCGCCUCAGGCCUCUCACCUGACCGACAGGACUGCGAGGACGGCUGGCAUCACCUCAGUGAGCUGGUGCUGUUCGCUCUCGCCAUGGAGGAGACGCUGCGGCAGAUCAACACGCAGACUGGAAACCAGUUCCAGCUCCGAGUCGGCGUCGCUCACGGCCCCGUCAUCGCCGGCGUCAUCGGCGCCACCAAGCCUCAGUACGACAUCUGGGGCGCCACGGUGAACGUGGCCAGCCGGAUGGAGAGCACCGGGGUCAGCGGCAGGAUCCAGGUCCCAGAGUCCACCAGCUGCAUUUUGGUGGAGCGAGGCUUCCUACGGCAGCUCAGAGGGGACAUUUACGUCAAAGGCAUCAGCGAGCGUCACGGAAAGGUUCGGACCUUCUUUGUCAGCAAUCGGGACGAGCGGUCCAGCUUCGUGGAGCGCGGCGGUGGGCGGGGCUUCAGCAUGAACAGGAACACGCUGGGAGCAGUGGUCUACAGUCUGGUUCAGGCCAGGAAGAGGGAGAAGCUGAGGGAGGAGAACGGAGGCUUCCACCUGGUGAAGGCCUCCUGAGCCGCUUCCUCCCUCUGACCUGCAGACGCUUUCCAGAACAAUCUGGAAACUUUGAACCGCUUUAGAGAGAAACCCUGAGGCCUCCAAAGUUCUGGAAGAACCGGAUCUGAACCACUGCGGAUCGGAAUUGGACUGGAUCAGAACUGGACUGGAAUCGGAUCGGACCGGAAUCAGACUGGAUCGGAACCGGACCGGAUCGGAAUCAGACUGGAUCGGAACCGAACCUGAUCGGAAUCAGACUGGAUCGGAACUGGACCGGAAUCAGACCGGAUCGGAAUCAGACUGGAUCGGAACUGAACCUGAUCGGAAUCAGACUGGAUCGGAACCGGACCGGAUCAGAAUCAGACCAGAUUGGAAUCAGACUGGAUCGGAACCGGACCAGAUUAGAAUCAGACCAGAUCGGAAUCAGACUGG